AUGCAAACUGUAUAAUCAUAAGUCGAUGUGACUAAAUUCAAGUGCUAUCGAUUUUAAGCUGAUGGAUCAAUAUAUUAUGGUGAGAUAAUGUACCUCAACACUAAAACUGGUGGUCUGGUAAGCAGCAUUGAUGGUGUGGAUGAAGAUACCAAGAAACUUCAUAAGUUGGUUAGACAUGGUUAUGGACUCUAGAUCUUUAAUGGCUAAAGAAAUGCAGAUGGAGUUUUGACAAAAUACGAGGGAAGAUGGGACAGAGAUAGAAAAUAAGGAGAAAACUGCACUGCUGUGUUCAAGGACGGCUCAAUCUAUACAGGCAGUUUCAAAAAGGAUAAUUUUGAAGGUUAAGGGAAGUUUGAAUGGGCACUAGGUCACAUUUACGAGGGCCAGUGGAAAGAGUCGCAAAUGGAAGGUUAGGGUGAGUUUAAGCAUGCUAACGGCAGAGUUCAUCAUGGUCUAUUUAGAAGAAACUACUUUUUAUAAGAUAAAUGCUUCAUUAAUCCUCUUGAUGAUGAUAAAAGACAGAAAAAGAAUAUCAAGGUGUUUGAAGAGCAAGUCUUAGCUUAAAAGGAGAAGAUUAUCUAUGAUAAGAGAAUAAGACUGUAUCACGUUUCCUCAUAAGACUAACUUGAAGAAGCCAUUAGGGAUACAAAGCAAAUGAACAGAGUGCCUCUAUUCAAAAAUGGAGUAGCAGAUAGAGUUGUAAACAUCUUGCAUUUGCCAGCAGAAGAUUCAUUGUGUGAAAUAAAUCUAAGGAAGAUAUUCAGUGAAACUAUUGGCAACCCCAUCAAAAAAACAGAGCAAAGAGAAAAAUUAAACCUUCAAAUUAGAAAGGCCAUUUAAAAGAGCCAGCUAAUACUACUCAAUUUCGAUGAUUAUGAGUAUCCAGAUUCAGUUGUAGAGUCUUAGGAUUAGCUGAUAACAAAUAAGGACCAAGAAACGCAACAUCAACAAGUUUUCGCAGUGGGCUAUGAUCCAAACUUCAAAGAGUUCUCUGGUACUAAAGGCGGACUGCCAAUUCAAAUUUGGAAUCAAAUUGAGAUUUCGAAAAGAAGAGAACUUAUGGAGUGCAUUGGAUUAAUAUCCUAAGAAGAUGACAUUAUUCCAGACUUCACUGACAAUAUACACUUUGUAGUAUGGUCCAAUCUCAAACUUAAAUCUAAGUUAGCCUAAAAGUAAAUCUUAGAUCAAAUUGUUGCUCUUCAGCAGGAUGAUAUGACUAAAGAUGUCACUGCUUAAACCAUCUAAGAAGCCUACUAGUUUGAUGAAAACUAAUUCAAUGAUACAGAAAUUUUAGAAAAGAUUGAGAAGAGAUUCGGGAAAGCAUUACCUCUCGAAUGCAUUAACCUUAUCUUGUUAAAGGAUAUAUAUUGA